AUGGCCCUCUCUGUGUUCCUGAAUAUUCUCCAGGACAAGGACAUUGAAGAAUUCAGCUCCACUGCCCCAAAGCUGGCUGAGGCACUCCCGCCACUCUUUGAUAACGAUAAUACCCAUGUGCAGCUGCUCUCCAUUCACCUCUUCAGAGAGGUGAUGGAGUGGCUUGCAGAAGACGGAAGAAAGACCUUGAAUAUGCAGGUGCACCAGAGCCUGGUCCCCCUGUUCUUCCAUUUGCACGAGGAGAACCAGUGCGUGGCAGAGGCCUCUCGGGGUACACUGCUUUGUGCAGCAAGUUUCCUCAAGAGGAGGGAUCUCGAGCAGCUGCUCAGGAGACAGCAGCCAUUCAAGUUUGUCGAUUGCCUGAUGGACAAGGAUGCGAGCAGAAGGGCUGAACACCUGCGCCAGGCCGUGCCAUACCUGCAGAGCCGACAGCAGCCCCUGCGAGAGGCGGCCAUCCGGUUCAUGGGGGUCGCCGCCUGGCACAUGCAAGACCUGCAGCCCAUCAUGAAGGCCCUCGAAGUCAUGACUGAAGAUGACU